AUGCAUUCCUAUUAUAAUUCAUUAGAGUUUCAAGAUAUAACGCGAACACUCGCAUUAAUAAAUGGAACAGCGAAUGAUAAUGAAAUUGUUCAAUGUCUAGAAUUAUUAGUUCGUUUUCAUGUACAAAAUCAAUAUGUUCGAUCAGGUAAAGAAUUUCAAUUAAAACAAGAUCAUUUUCAAGCCAUACGUAAACAGUUAACGGAUAGUGAAAUCCAAAAAGUCGACAACGAAUUGGAAACUGCAUUAAACAAAUUCGAACAAACUUCGAAUAAAAUUCAAGAAAUACUUUCACUUCUUUACACGCGUGGUGCACGUUUCGAAUGUGGUCCUCACGAAUGGGGUCCAUAUGUUUUGCGUAACGCCUUUAAUUGUCUAGAGCGAAUGUACAAUAGAUCUAAUUCGGUUCAUUGUCGAAAAAAUUUCGAUCAUCUUAUAUGUAUAUUCAAAGGGCUCAUCAUUUCAAAUCCGAAUGUUUUAAAAUAUUAUCACGGGUAUACUUCAAAUAUAGUUGGUUCUUUACUUUCGAUUAUUUUCCCACAACAUUUCAUCUAUAGUUAUCAAUUGUGUACGAAUAUAAAUUUUUACUAUUAUCAAUCAAUUGUCGAUUUAGUUUUAUUAUCAAUACGAUCCAUUUUAAAUGAUGAAACGUGGUUAGAACGUUAUUUACUCGAUGUAUUACGUAUGAUUAAAUUGAACAAAGAGCAAGUUAAAUACGAUAGAAAUAUAAUUAUUCGAACAACGCAAAGAGAACUAAUAAAAAUUUUACUUAAUGAAUAUUUGAAAACGAUCACAGCAUGGAAUGAUGACUGGUCAAAACAUUUGUUUACACGUACUCUAAAUCGUUUCAUAAAAAAUGAUCAUAUAGAUACUAUUCUAAUGAUGUAUCAACAAAAUCAACUUUUUAGAAAUUAUUUCCAUAUGACAAAUUAUAUCGAAGAAAAUAUGAACAUCAUGCUUGGAAGUCGUAUGGGAAAACAGUUAUUUAAUCAAUUAAUUGAUGAAAAUUCGUUGAAUACGUGUUUCACAACGAGAAAGUGUCUAUUUGAACUCUUAAAUAAAAAACAAUUUCAAAUAUUGAAAAAGAUUAUCAAAUUAUCGAUAUCAGUUUUAAAUGAAACUGAUGAAAAUGGCAAUGAUCUCUUGUUAUAUUUAUGUUUAAAAGUUCAUGGUUGUCGACAUUGUUUUAUUCAAUAUCUAAUCGAAAUCGGUUCUAAUGUACAAAGAAUAAAUGUUUUCGGUCAAUCAUUUUUCGAUGUAAUACAAUUGAAACAAAAUCAGAAACUAUUGAAAAAAUUAUUUGAACAUGAAGUUCUUGUUAUUGAUAAUUUAACUGGAAAAAUAAAAACUUCACUACAUAGUUAA